GCGGUGGUACCUGCGGCUGAGUGUCUCUUCAAAUCGCUUCGCUUCACUAUCAACGUCUCUCGUGUCUGCUGGUGCUCGCGAUACCGUACCGGAUCGCGCAAGAUCAACUGUGCGAAUCGGUAUUGGACGAUACCGUCGAAGGAUGAAACAAUCCGGCGAAGCAUCGUGAGGAAUAGCGAAAGAACUUACGUAUCUUGGUUGUUGGACGAUGACCGACUGGCCGUCGUCGUGGUGGAGAUGACUACCAGGUUAGUGGCUCGUCCCGAAGACGACGACGACGACGACGAGGUCCACGAAGAAGCACGAAACUCGGCCGUGGGCUAUCACUGCCACUGAUAGAGCCGGCAUCCCGUCGCAGCUCACAUCGAUGCCGACUGCCACAUCCACGAAACGAGGAAAUUCAGCGCCGUCACUCCAUUUUCGAGCCCAGUCAGCGCACGUUGGCCGACACAGUUCGGAAUGGGGAGUGUCGGCAGCAACGUGACAGGGACGACGACGACAGAUCCGACGACGUUCCUGCCAGAUGCAACGCCGACUCUGAGCGAGCGCGAACAGGUCAAAAUCGAAUUUUACAAAACGUACGACGUCAUGACGGGGGUACGGAUCGCCGCGACCCUCGGCGGCUUUUUCAGCUUAAUGGUGUUGCUAGUAGUUUAUAAGAGCAGAUGCAAAGCGAGCAAACAACUGGAAGACCCGGCUUUGACUGCGGCGGCAGCCGCAGCGGUUGCGGAAGCUGAAGCCGAAGAACGCGCACUCGCCGUCGCUCUCGAGGCGAUCGCCAGGUUACCACCCAGGCCGGGUCGUGGUCCGAGAAGAUCGUUAUGCGUCGAGAUGAACCAGCCUCAUUCACCCGUGGUGGCACCUCGCUUCGCCUCAGUCGGAGGUGGAUACGAUGCCCUGCUGGAACCGCCAAUCAGGCAACCGAGGUUGGCACCCCCGGUCGAUCAUAGAAGAUGUAGCUCGGUCACCUGUAGCAGCACUGGAAGUAGUUAUCUGGAACGAAGGGGUUCAGCCAUGGUAAUGCCGUGCCUUCCACCUCCUCCAUCCUACCCGCGUCACGCCGCCUACGAUGAGCCAUGGGAUUUAUAUUAUCCUAUCGAUAUCCAGGUAAUACAGCCAACUCCGGAUUUAUCGCCAUGCGGAAGCGAGGUCGGUCUUUACGCCGGUGCAGUCGGCAGCCUUAUGGCGGCGUCGUCGGGCAAAAGAGCGCCGUUGGCAUCGAUGGGUAGCGUGGAUCCCCCCGAUCCUGAUACCAGGUCGCUUGGCUCCGAUUCCGUCUUUCUGAAGAACGAGGACGAGGAGCAGUGCGUCGACACCGAGGACGAGGUCUCGGGUUUUUCUACGGACUCGGAUGCGCCUGGGCCAAGCUGUCGGCGGUUCCUACGGGUGCCUUCUAGGAAAAAACGGAUCCCCGAGAAAUGGGACGGAUGCGCGGGCUGCGUGCCCAGGCGACGGACCGGUAGUAAACCCUGCCAAGAAUGUUUGACCAUCAGUGCCGCCGUCGAAACCUCCAGGUCACAACAAGCCUCAACAACAACCAGUAGCAGUCAGAGUAGCGUGGGAUCCCCACCGUGUUCACCGCCGAUCGAGCUCAGACACAGACCACCACCAGCGCCAUUACCAUCAGUCCCAUCAAUAUGGUCCCAAGAAACGCUCUUUUAGGAUGCGUCUUUCGUAGUGAGCAUGACCUUCGACCUGUUUUUAUCGAGAUACGAAGCUAAAUCCAGAAUGUCGAUAUCUGAGGAAAUCAUUUGCCCGAAAAAUUGAACAUUAUCUGGUCUUUAAUCGCUUGUACCUCUAGAAAAUCAUCUUUUUUUCUAUCUUGUCGGCAUUAAAACAUAUUUUACAAAUUUUUAGAUUUUAAAGUGUAAUUGUUACGUCGGUUAAUGAAUUCCGUUACAAUUCAUGGAUGCGACAAUUGCUGUACGGAAUUUGUACACGGAGAGAAUUUUCUUAUAAAAUUUAUCCUGAAAAUAUCAUAAUAAUCAUAGAAUAACAUUGUAUUUCAAAGAAUUUUAUGCAAUUUUCUUUAAUUUAUUAAUAUUUAUUACACACAUUCUAUAUUUUACCACGGUAAAAUAUAAAAUAUGUUUUAUUAUUUUUAUUAAAUUGCGUAAUGAAGUUUUAGUGAUUUUACAAUACGUUGAAUAGUUUGAUUUUUUGUUUUAAAUAAAAUUAAUAUCAAGUAAUAAUAAACAUUUACUUACAUAAAUUUUACAAUAUAGCAUGAUAUUUUUAAUGACUUAAACGCUCACAAUAAUUUUAUCAUGCGGCAUGAUAAAUUAAUUAACAUAAUGUUUAUAACAUAAACGGACAAUAUAUAACGCUAUCUAUCAAUAAAAAAGAUGACGUAGCACAUAAGGCAGAAAACUCAUAAUCCAAAGGUCUCGGGUCUCACUAGAGUAAGCGUGUUUUUUUUUCAAAAGACGAUGCGUAUAUAACAUUAAGGCGCGUCCUACUUAAUUCUUGCAACGCUCGCGAGCAUUAUUUGUCCUUGUUCAAUAUUGGACAAACAAGAAUGAAAUGAUUCCAAGAGCAUUGCGAGCAUAAAGUAGAACGCUUCCAUAGUCAUAUAAAAUUUCAUAUAUGAUUAUAUAUCAUUAUAUAAGAAAAUUUUCUUUCAAACCAUAAAAAUUUUGCCUUGGAACAUUUUGCAAUGCUGGCAAUUUUUAUUAAGCAGCUUAUAAAGUGACGUUCGUAUAUUUAAAAAAUUUCCAUCGUUACAUAAUAUUUGAUAGUUUGCCAAGUUGUCUCAAGCUUAUUACCACACAUAGUAAAAUUUGUAGCAAAUUUUGCGGUUAAGUAUAAAGAAAAAUUCUCUCCAUGUACAAAUCUAAAUUAUGAAUGCAACGAAAUUAAAAUCAAACAAAAUUAUAUUAUUGGAUAAUCUAUAAAAAUCGCAAGAAGAAAGUAAUGUGAGGGACAAAAGUUGACCGAUGAAGAGGAAAGAUGGAGCAAGAACAUAUCAGCGAGACGCGAAAGAAGAACGACGGAAAGUAUUUUCGCUCGAAUACGAGGAAAUAUCGGAGAUUUUCGAUAUUACGGCAGCGACUCCUGUCCCGGAACCGGAGCAAACCCAUCUUAAAGGUAGUCUAAAUCGAUCAUUUUACGUUGACUGUGCGGUACAUUCCGUGGCAAGCACGCAAUCCGGGUCGGAUUACCCGUCCGUUUAAAGGACGCGUCUACGAGCCGCGCGAGAGGAGGCCGACGACGACGACGACGACGACGACGACGACGACGACGACGACGACGACAACGGCGACUUGGUCUAACUAUACCCAAGAUCUCAUCUACCGACGUAUUUCAGACAUCUGCCUACGUCUGCCUACGUCUGCCUACGUCUGCCCCCGUCACGCGCCAGAAUAAGUUGGCGAACAAUGCAUUCGCGCGCCCGCGGUCGGGUUUAUCUGAAAGUUCACACAACUGCAUUGUGGAUCCAGUAUAACCACCAGCAUCCAGCAUCCCGACGCGACGCACUUGAAGAAAGUGCGGGCAACUUAUCUGGCAUCGCAAGACGCAAGUGCUCCACCGUGCAAUCUUGUUUAGUCGAGAAGAAGAUUGGGCGACUUGAUUAUUUUCCAUCAUUCGGCGAAUCUCUUCAUCCAUCGUAAUACAACCAGACGCACAUCGACCUUCGUGAUCCAUUUAACAACGAAAGCAAGCAAAUGCACUUCCUCGCUUAAGACAUUCACGGCGUCCCAAUUGGCGUUCGGCCGCUCGAUGUUUCGAGCGACCGAACUUGGGAUAAAGACGCACACUGGUGAUCUAUAUCGCACAAAGGAAUAUCCGAGAAACGAACGGGAAACUCGUUCCGAUCGAUCAGGGUGAACAAUCGCUGUAACUCGCAACUCAGGAGACUGUGUCGAAGGAAAGGCCGAUCGACAAUGUCGCGGGGGAAAUAGGGAAUUAUUUUUAUACAUGCGCGACGAUAAUCAAGCUCGUUGAACUGAUCGUGAUGCUUCUCGUGAAAACAAUAAUCCGCGCGCAAUACUCGAUUGUACGUCAGUGUAACAUGUGAUUGUCAACGAGACGAGCGGAUGGGAGAGUGAAACGAAAAGAAAAGAGAGAGAGAGAGAGAGAGAGAGAGAGAGAGAGCGAGAGAGAGAAAGAGAGAUAAAUCUGAGAGUGAGAGAGAAAAACGAGAGGGAAACAGUAAUUUUAUUCGGAUAAUCGUCGAAUCGGCUUCCCUUUUCUGUCGCGAUUUUCCCGACAGAGUAAACCGUCGAUUCGCCGUUGAUCCGAUGUUUCCCUAACGCGAGAAAACAAAAACGUAUUUCUAUUCGUGUAAUCUUGUAAGCUCUGUAAGGUUUUGGGUGUACGUGUACGUGUCUAUAAUCCUCUUGCGUACGAUAGAUAAAUACCGUGCUCGAUGGAGGGGAACCGGAAACAGGCGGCCGGAUUGAUCUCGGCGAACCAAUGUAAUUGCCGUGUAUUUGCGAGAUGGUCUAUUUCGAGUCGGUCGCUCCGCAAAGUUGUUUGAUAAAUUUUUAUCCGAGCUGGGAAUAUCGAUCGAUUGGAUAUUUCAUAAAAGCAGAAAUCCUUGCCCUCCCUCCUCCCCUCCCCUCCCCCUCUCCCUCCCUCUAAUUAGGCCUGUAUCCGAUGUAAAGAAAAAGUAAAAUACUCGAAAGAAGCAAGAGGAAGACUAUACGCGAAUUUGUUUGAAUUCUUCAGUGAUAUUAGCUGACGAGAAGCUCGCUGGGUGUAGAAAAUCGAAUUUAUUAAAAUGUUAGAGUGCGUCUCGGUGUAAAAAAGAAAGAAAAGAUAAAAAGAGACAUAUUUAUCGUUGACGAAGGAGCAACUUGUGUCUAUUUUCGAUAAAAAGAUAAAAGGUAGUUGAACCAGACGAGCCACGUAUAAUGCCUCUAUGUCUACAUCUGGAGACUUUUCCGCGGAGGCUAACAUCACUGCCGGUCAGCCCCUCCAGGCACACGACGAUAAACGAAUAAAAAAAAAGCAGAAAAUACAGUACAGUUUAAGUACAUUUACGUAAAAGCAAAAAACGAGCGCAUGAGGACUACCUACCGUUGUUCUAGCCAAGAGUUUGUAUAGUAGACAAAUAAGACAAGUCGAGAAGUUAUUACAAUAUAUCGGGUUAAAAGAAGAAAAAGAGAAGAAAUAUAACGUAAUAGGCGCGACGCACGCAGUGCUGCGACCGUUACUUUUAGAUAGGUGUACAUACACAUCGUGUUGCGAUGCGUUACGUUACGUUGAACGUAUACGACAGCGACUCGUCCUCGCCAUUCGACAAAGAACGAAGGAGAGAAGACGAGACGUCGUCUACGUGAAGAAGAGACUUUAUAUUACGUUGGCUGCGUUCCAAACUUCGCCCCGGAGGUACGAAUUUAACAAGCCGCAAAACAAGACGCGAAAUACGAGAGACGCGGAGAGAACUAUAUCAAACUGCAGACCUAUGUAAUUCCCUCUAGUAAUUUAUAUACGACUAUCCGUUACACUCUCGACCAUUAAGCAAAAACAUCAACUUUUGUGCGGACCUAAGAGAGAUUACGAGAAAGUUUCUUCAAGAUGGAAAGAGAGAGAGUGAGAGCGGGAGGUGUCCUAACUUCAAGAAAUACAUGUAAAAGUUUCAUGAUAAAUAAGGGCAAGUCCCUAAUUGGAUAUCGUAUGCCUUAUUGAAUCAUCGUUAUACGUAUAUACGUAGAAAAGCCGACAUUUCACUUGAGAAUUACGAUGAGGUCGUGAAGAAAUAGUCGUCACGGGAGGCGAAGUUCUAAAACGCGGCUGUAGAAAAAUAAAACAGAAUUAUUACUACCGCGAGGGGUGUGCGCUUUGCUAUACGCCGACACGCUGAUGAAUUUGUUCCAACCAAAUUCCUUCCAUUCGAUUGCAUCGCGCGUCACUGUCAUUUUUCUUUUUAGCAAAGAGUUAAGAACGAUCUAUUCAAAAUUUCUUCGAGAAUCCCUGACGUGAGCGCAACAGAACGAUCAGCGCGUUACGUCGUAGUUCCGUCGUAGCUGUCAACCCGAAGGUAAUUCUCGCGCGCGACGCGACAUCGAGCUAACAUCAAAUAUAUAUGGUAUUUCUCGUUUGCAUUCUUAUUGAAGUAAUUUAACACCGGGAACAAAGUUCUCAGCGGCGCGUGGCGUGCAGCACGUCGCCCCGUAGUCGCGUAAUAAGACAAGGAGCUUGAAAACUCGCGAGCGCUGCCGAAUUGCCAAAUGUAACAAUCAAACAGUGUCUAGUUGAAGUAUAAAAUUCAGAAAGAGCCGAGGAUAAUCUAUUCGGAUAUACAUACGCGCGAAUAGAUGCGUGAGUGUGCGCGAUUGUGCGUGCGUGUGCGUGUGCCAAGUAGUUUAGCACAAUUUAGGCCGGCGGAACGUAUUAUACAUACAUAUAUUAUAUAUAUAUAUAUAUAUAUAUAUAUAAAUAGGGCGAGUGUGCGAGACUUUUUAGAGACUGUACACGAACGAAUCCGUGUCGAUUGAUUUUAGCAUCUAACGUUCGUACAACCACGUGAACCUUUUCUCGGUGCCUUUCUGCUGCACUUCUUCCAUCGUCGUUUAGAAAAAUAUACACUUUCUUCACUAUCCUCAUCAACCAUUCUCCUUUCUAUCUCUCUUCCCUUAUACUUCCCUGACUCCUUUUUAGGAGUGUUUCCGCGCGACGCCGCAAGAAAUUUGAACUCGCAUUAAAAUAAAAAAUCUAAAAUCUUUCCUUCUUUCUGAAUUUGAUUCUUUUAUCUCUAGCUAAAGUCAGAUAUUAGAAAUAAUUUUACUAAAGAGUAUCCAGAAAGUAAAAAACAAUAAUGACAAAAAAAAACGUAUUGAUAAUAUAAAAAUAUUAAUUUGAAAAAAUUACACUUAAUUAAAUGGAAAUUAUUUUAUCUUUGUCAAAGAUAAAAGCGUAAUUGCUAAUUUGAUAGAGUUAAAAAUAUGAUGGUUUAGUUCUUUUUUUCAAUCAAAUAUAUGUAGACAUGGUUGAAAUUUGUAUUAGAUUUAAAUUCUUUUAAAAUUGUUUGCUUAAAAUUAACAGUCCAAUAAUAAAUGUAAAAUAAAUAAAAUUAAAAUCUAUUGAUCGUAUUAUCGCGAAUAUUGGAAAAAAAUUAUUUGUAAUCAAUUUUAAAAAGUAGUUACAUUGUAACCAAUUAUUUCAAUCCAGAAAUAGUGUUUUGUUUAAAAUAAUAAUUUUGCACUAAUAACUGAUUCUUUCUGAAGAUAGCUAGAGAAAUAUAAGAAAAACAGUAGUGGAGCGGCCGCACGGAACCUCUCUCAUAUUAAUGAUUAUAGACCUUCGUACUUUUAUAAUUUUUCUACUAUUUAACGUUAGAUACUUUUAAGAGUAAGGAACUGUUACUAGAACUUGCGCCUAGACUCAUUGAAUAUUGAUAAAGAUAAUUAUGCAACUUCUCUCAACUUAAAUUACUUGUUUUAAGACCUUGCAUUUAUUUUUCAUUUUAUAUUGAUUUGUUAUAUAUAAAGACACUUGUUAUUAAAAUUAACAAGCUAAAUUAUUUCUUGAAAAGAUUAAAAACAUUAUUUCAAAUAAUUAAUUUUAAAGAUACUACAAUCUCAUUACAGUAUCAGUGACUUUCUCUUCAUUUGAUACAGUUUUCAUAUUUCUCUUCCUUUUUUUGUUAUAUUUAUCUGGCCAAAGUAACUCUAUAUAAAAUGGUAAAUAGUUUUCUUUUAAAUUAGUAUUUUUCUUUUAAGUAUGUUCUUAUGAUAAUAAUAUAUUCUUAUAAUAAUAAACUUGAUGAGCUUAAUGAGCAUUGAACCAAGCAUGUCAAUUUUAUCUUUACCAAUAUUUUAUCUUUAGAAAUUUAUAAAAAAAUAUUUGGGUUAAUUUUUCUGUCCCUUCCAAAUAAUAAGAAUACAGAAAACUCAAUACUUAGUGCAUUUCUAAUAUAUCUCAUAAUUUUUUUAAUAUAUACAGUUGAUAUAAUUCCCGAUAUAUACAGGGUGAGUCAUUACAUAGAUAUACAGGGUUAUUACAAUACAGAUUUCUUAAAACAAAACAAUUUUUUCUUAAAUCUAAAGCGUCUAGGGAAACAAUUAAUAUAAAUAAAUUUAUCCGUAGAUGAAUCAUCCUGUAUAUAAAUACAGAUAAAUUGAAACUUUGUGAUAAUUUUUUCAGCUUUUUGUAAACAAAUCUGUAUCCUUUGCUAUAUUCUAAUUUCUAUACAUAUUUAACCAUUUAUUCUUUUAUACGUUGUAGUUCUCUUAAAAUAAUUACGUUUAAAUUUAAUCAGAUACGUUUUAUUUUGCAAUGUUAGCAAUUCGCUUGUCAUAAGAUCUGUCUCUAGUUCUUCAUUCUAUUUCGUAUCUCUUAGAAAGAUGCUAUUCGCUGGUAAAAAGAAAUUCUUUCAACUUUGCGACUCGUGUCUGAUUUUGUUUGAGCUCUCACUACUAUCAUCGUUCACUUCUCGAAAGGUGCACAAAAGCAGGUCGCAUGUUUGUUUUGCUAAUUUAGGUUAAUGACAAUUUUUUGUGAUAAAAUGUAAGAAAAUUAAGUGCACGUAUCACAUUUUAUCAUAUUUAAGCAUAUGUGCUAAAAAAAAAGUAAUUUUCUUAACUUUUCUUAUUUGAUAACAGAAUGCAUUGUACAAUAUUGCGCUGUAGAAUGCAUGUAUUUACAAAGAAUACAAAAGUCCAACUUAUAUUUUUUCUUAAAUUAAAAAUAAAAUUUCUCUCAAAAUCUGAUAAUGCAUAACAAUAAUGUGACAUAUUUACUGGAUUAUUACAUUGAAUUGAUAUAAAAAAUUCCGAUGUUUUAAUUCAUCAAAUGUGUAGAUCUAAAA